AUGCUUAGGCAUGUGCGACGGAAUAAUCAGGACCGUACAUCGGGUCUUAAACGGCCGCGGCAGUUGGAAGAAUGUGGUUUUGGCACGCCUGCUGAACCGUUUAGGUUGCCACUUCGUAAGACGCCCAACGGGAGCAAUUGUUUGCACUGUGUGACGGACAUGUGUGAUUGCAAGUGGGUGGAAGAUCAGUUGCGUGAGUGCUAUUCAAAUCUUUCAGUAACGCGGCAGGUUCAGCAGUACAGGAAGAGGGAGUUAUGCGCAAAAUCAGUUCUCCCACCCUUUGUCGCCCGACUGGUGCGUCUCUCUGGUGUGAAGUCGGGGGAUGUUUUUUACGAUCUAGGAUGCGGUAAUGGGAGUGUGCUGUUUCAUGUGGCCCUGUUGACUGGAGCUCGUUGUGUUGGAGUGGAAAUAAACGAGCGUAAUGCAACUGUUGCCAGGGAGGCGUGGCGCUAUCUGCAACCUAUUUUUGAAGCUCGUUGUGGUAAGUCUCUAGAUGUUGAAAUCAUUACCGGCGAUUUCUGUUCCGUUGUAAAGAGGGAGGAGUUCUUUUCCUCCUCUCCAGUGGUCUGGGUUGCGAAUUUACUGCUUCCACGGCCUGUGAAUCAUUUUCUUUCCGAGCGUUUUCGUUUACUACCAGAGGGAAGUCGUAUUUUGUGCAUGGAAGACUUGUAUCCACAUGCUAGAUCUGUUGCUGCAUUGCGUGACCCAGAUGCAUUUGAGAAGUUCACUAUGACUGACUUCAAGUGGCAGGCAAUGAGUGUUGAAUGGAGUUACACGGAGGGUUCUUUUUAUAUGUACACGCGACGUGAAUCGGAAAAAGGUGUUAAGAAUCAGAAGGAGGAAAAGAAGUUGUAA